AAUUAAUAUUAUUUUUGUGAGCAUGCGCAGUAUGUGAUGCUGUGCAGUUGAAGAGAAGAGAAGUAGACAUUAAACAAAAGAGCCAGUUUGUGUGCUACUGUAUCCAGAGCGAUCGGACGGCCAGUAUUUCGAAGUCCCUAUAAAAGAACUCAGCAUCAGCUAUCGUACAUUGGUCCACCGAGCCGGAUAGGGACUAACAGUUGGACUGUACUGGACUGAAAGUGACUCGAACGAGACGGGUACAAGGAGAAAAGUCGCGGAAACCCGAUUUGUCUACUGAAAGGAAGUUGAAAGGUAUUCUCCGUCGUUUCAAGAGGGAGAGAUCUUUGUUUAUAAUAAAACUUUGAGUGAUAAAAGAGAGCUCGUUAGAGAGUCAUUGUGCUAAUUAAUAAUUAUUACUUUACGUGGGUGUUGCGGCGUUGCGUAUACGUGGGCGUAUUAAUUAAUUAUUGAUGGCGGAUCUAGAGAAGAAAGCUAAAAUCAGGAAAGGAUACAGGAACCUACUUACCAGACGAGUGAAAGAAGGAGAUGAGCUUCUCAAGGGUAUGGAAGAGUCAGGGGAUAUAGAUCAUGUGAAGCUUGGUCAAAUUAAGUUGUCUGUGGGAGAGAAGUUAACAGCACUAAAGAAAGUUGAUGAAGAGAUUAUAGAGUUAAUUGAUGAUGGAGAGGCAAUUGUGCGUGAGAUUGAUGAAGCUGAUAGAUUUAAUGAAACAGUUUAUGAGAUGCUAGCCAGAGUAGAAGCAAAGUUGAAGAAAUCAGUUGAGAAAGAGAGUGUAUCUGCUUACAAGAGUAGUGUGAGAGCCAAGCUGCCCAAGCUUGAUUUACCAGUGUUUAAUGGGGAGAUCACUAAGUGGUUUACUUUUUGGGACAGCUAUAAAGCAGCAGUACAUGAUAAUCCAGAUUUAUUGCCAGUUCAGAAGUUCACCUAUUUGCGGUCAUUACUGAGUAGAUCAGCACAAGAGUGUAUUGCUGGGUUAACUUUAACAGAUGCUAAUUAUGCAGAAGCAGUCAAAGUAUUAGAGAGUAGAUUUGGUAAUAAGCAGAGGAUCAUUGCCAAGCAUAUGGAAGCCUUGCUUCACUUAGAUCCUGUAUCAUGGCAAGGGAAUACUCUAGCAUUGCGCGCUUUGUAUGAUAAGAUUGAAAAUCACGUGAGAGAGCUUGCUGCUCUUGGAGUUGAAGCAAAUACUUAUAAUAGCCUUUUACCUUCUGUUUUGAUGAGCAAGUUGCCUAGUGAAUUGAGCCUAGCUAUUAGUAGAAAGCUAUCUGAAGAUGAUUGGAAGUUUGACAAGAUUAUGGAAGAACUGAGCCAAGAACUCCAAGCACGUGAGCGUACUUUGCCAAAGCCUGAUAGUAGUAGGAGAACGUCUCAUUUUAAGGAAAGCAAACCACAACGCGAGCGUCCCACGUCAGCGACACUUCAUACUAGUAUUACUCAUUGUUGUUAUUGUGAUGAAGAGCAUGCUCCAGAGUCUUGCACAAAAGUUGAUAAGAUAGACAAAAGAAAGUCUAUAUUGAGAGAUUCUGGUAGAUGCUUUAUUUGUUUGAGAAGAGGUCACAUAAGUCGUAAUUGUAGAUCAAGCAUUAAAUGUAGUUUGUGUAGUAAUAAGCAUCAUACAAGCAUCUGCAUGAACAAGAGAGAGAGUAGCAAGGAAGGAGAGAGUGCGAAGCGGUUCAAUCCCAAGGCUGAUCCUUUCAAAUCAGCUACUCUACUGACUGAUGCCAAGGGAACUAUACUGCUACAGACUGCUCAGGCGACUGUGCACAACACAGAGAGUACAGAGAGUGCUACAUUGAGACUAGUGUUUGAUAGUGGUAGCCACAGAUCGUACAUAACAGAAGAAGUGUGUCGUAAGCUUUCUUUGAGAAUAGUUGGUAAGAAAGACUUGAUCAUUGCUACAUUUGGGAACACCGGAGGAAGGAGGCAGUCCUGUAAGAUUGCCCAAGCAGUUCUAGAAACUAAUGAAGGGAACACAUUGGUUCUCAAUCUAAUGGUUGUUCCACUUAUUUGUGAGCCUUUGGUUGGUGUGUCACUCAAUGACUGCAUCAGAGGCUAUGAUCACUUGAAGGACUUAGACCUUGCAGAUCCAGGCACUAAUGGAGAUGUCAUUGAGCUGGAUAUUCUCAUAGGACUAGACUAUUAUUGGGACAUAGUAUCUGGGGAGGUACUGCGAGGAGAUAGUGGGCCUACAGCUACAUACUCGAGUCUGGGAUGGCUC